AUGACUCGGCUCGGGCGGGGGACGAAGGCUCCCACGUGCACAGCAAACUACGGACGGCAUAAGGCACGGGAGUCCGCUCGCAGAUUCCUUCAGAUCUGGCUGCGCUUUCGCUAUCGACCGCAGAGAAAGCGGGAUGUUGUCGUCCCCGGCAGAGGGAUGGUCGACUUCUUCACUCCGGUUUUGAUUUCAUGUCUCUUUUGGGCUGGAUCAUCCUCGAUCAUCGUGCAUUAUGCCGUGCACCAAGGGCGAAGAUACGGGAACGUGUCGCAUCAGUCCCAAGAGAACAACUUCGAAGACUGCUAUAAAAAGUGUUUGGGGAUGAACCCGUCCGGGCCUUGCCUGGCUUUCAACUUCAGGGAACGGGAUGGAUUCUGUCAGCUGAUUCAUAACGGAAAGAGCGGUCUCGUUCCCUCGGAUGGGUACCAGGCAUAUGUACAAUGCCGCUACGGCGUCAAAAAUCCCUCUAGACGGUGCGCGAGUAGAGUGAAAGUUUUCGAUGGCAACAAAGCAGGCAAGGAGGUGAGAAGCAGACAGACGCACGUGCACGAGUGCUUGACGGACUACCCGAGGAUCGAGCACGCGAAGGAAUCCUUCGUAGAUUGGACAGGUGAGCAUCCAGCCCCACGCGGUGGGAAGGUGAAAUUCGCCUGCAUUCACCCGCGAGGGUUCAAGGAUGGUUUGAAGGAGCACCAUGCCACUUGUUCGUCGGCUGUAGCUGAUGUCUGGUGCACGACGUUCACCGAAGGCGAAAAGGAUCUCUGUCCACAUCCACUAUCGUGCGUGACCGAACAUCCCAAGAUGGAAAACGCGGUCAUGGCAUACGAUGGAUGGGACGGGAAGUACCCAGCGCCUCCAGGCGCCAAAGUCAUCUAUACCUGCCAUCGUUCCAUGCGGUUCACCGAUGGAUUGCCCACGCAUGAAGCCACCUGUUCGUUUCAGCCCGAUGACGCUUGGAAGACCUCCUUUCACGGGGAGGAAAUUAGAUGCCGAGGAAAUUCCAUAUUCGAGGGGGAGAACGUCUCUAGUGACGCUCGUGUCUUCUUGGAGGUCCACGCCUCUAAUGACGAAUUUGCAAAGCGGGGUCCUAGCUCGCGCAGGGAAGGCUUCUCCGCCGAUCCCUGA